AUGAGCCCUCAGAACAAGCCCACACAACUCCGGCGCAUCCGAAAACGGCGGCUCUUCCACCACUGGAAACCCAUUAUGCCCCGUCAUCCUCAACGCGUGCACAAUAGUCCCAACCCUCUCGACUCCUGCAAAAGUUAUAAGCGGGCCCGCACAAACGUCCCCCGCCGCCAGGUGUCGCAUGUACGGCUCCGCGUGCGCCUCCAUGUACGGAAGCCCCUUCAUCUUGACAAUCUGGUCGUAAACGCCUUUAUUGAAACUAUCGGCCACGGUUUUCGAGAUCAAGAGGACGAGCAUCAUGAGUGGGAGCAUGAGGAGGUCGUUGGUGAGCUCGAGGAGGAUGACGCAGAGGGAGACGGUCAUGCGCAUGGUGCCGCCGAGGAAGGAGGCGGCGCCGAGGAGGGCGAAGAGGCCAGAGUCGAGGCUGGAGACGGGGCCGGCGAGGCGGCCGGCGAGGCGGCCGUAGGAGGCGCCGGCGAGGAUGACGGGGAUGAAGAGGCCGGAGGGGAUGGCAAUGCCGUAGGUGAGGAUGCCGAGGGAGAAGACGGCGAGGAAGAAGGCGAGGAGGGUGGAGACGUGGAACUCGUCGCGGUUGCUGGAGCUGAGGAGGUUGCGGAUGGCGUCGUCGUUGGUGUUGAGGAGGAGGGAGGCGAGGUCGUUGUAGUGGCCGGGGGGGCACUGGAAGUUCUUGUAGUUGCCCGAGCGGCCGACGGUGGGGCACUGCUCGCCGGAGGCCAGGUUGGCGGGGCAAGGGGUGCACGGGGCAAGCCACGGGAGGCCGUACGCGCAGCAGGACGUCAGGAGGGAGAUGACGAUCACGAGGCAGAUCUUGAAUCCACGGCCUCUCCUGGAAAUCGAUUUUUUUUUUUUUGGUUCCGGCAAAAAAAGAUAUUAUUCAGAUUUGAUUUGAUUGAGGGGAUGCGGACGAGCUUACUCGUUGAUGAAGCUGUAAGUCCUGAGGACCUUGUCGACGAGAUAAUUGUAGAGGCAGCCGAAAAGGCCACCGAGGACCCCAAUGACUAUGACCGCGAGCAGGCGGGGACAGUAGAGUUCACGUCGAACAUGAUCAAACCUCCCUGGCCGAAGAGUCCGCAUUUCCCACUUCGGCAAAAGCUGAUGAGGGAUCUUAAAACCACAGCCACAACGGCAGUGGUGAAGAAGGCCCUCCAAAGAAGCGCACUCCGCCACCUAUAA